AUGGUAGACACCGGCGCGCAAUCCAUGCCCCUCGGACUACUCGCUAGUCCAACAUCUAGGCAAUCUGGAGACACUGUUACCGCGGAUAAUGUCCGCUUUUUUGAUGAGGACGUUUGGAUCAAGCUCUGCAAGAAUUUCUUCGCCAAUAAACCGGCUUUUGAUGGCUUUCAAAGUUCCGCAGACCUAAAGUCAUUCUUUCCUUCCAGCUUUUGGCGCAUUAUUGACGAUGACCUGAAUGGGGCAUUUGGAAUCGAGCACCAUGGAGAGACGCCAGGGCUGCUAUAUGGCCUCUGGGAUAAGCUUCAAAUACUAACUUCGCCUCGCCACUUCGCGCGACCUUACAAUGAUCCAUUUCUUUGGCAUGCAUUGCUGAUUGAAGAACUGAGGGAUAUAUAUGAUACAUCUGUUUGGGAGUUGCGACACGUUGUAAGAGAAUGGGAAAAGACCCGAAGGGAAGAACCAGAUAUCGAGAUACUCAACGAAAUUGGUCGUCAUCUAAUCCAUGGCAACGAGGUAUUAAACGUAGCUGAUGACACAAUCGACAGUGUAAUAUAUCAACAUAAGCUCUUGCAUGAAAGGCAGGCAACUGAACCAAUGGACACGACUGAGAAUAAAGUCCACGACAUAGUAUAUACAACAGUGCAAGACAAACUGUUUACUUUGAGGAAAGAUAUCAAAGCCAUCAACGCUAGAGCCGUCACCUUGUUUGAGCGACUCCGCCACGAAAUCAAUCUUGCAUAUCAUGUGGCUGCACGAAAUACCACUCAAAUCUCGAUUGAUAUCGCCAAAAUUGCACGACGUGACAAUGCAACCAUGAAAGCCCUCGCCUUUAUUGGCGUGCUUUAUCUACCGGGCACAUUCAUAUCUGGAAUAUUCGGGUCGAAUUUCUUCAACUAUAACCCUCCAGACAGCAGCAGCAACAAUUCAGACUGGAACAUGUCGGAUAAAUUUUGGAUAUACUGGGCUAUCACCAUUCCGGUCACAAUGUUCACCGUGUUACUGUGGAUCGUGUUGGAUGACACGAUGGAGAUGUACGAAAGCCUCGUCAGUAGAGUAAGAGCCGCUUCUCGCGAUAUCUGGAGCCAGAUUCGAGUUGGCAAGCAGCCAAAUACAGAUAUGAGGGGCGAUGUACAAGCUGGCUUUAUCGAUGUUACAUCGUGGUGGAUCAGAAGGCCAAGUGGUGUUUAUGUAAACUAG